UCCUUUCAAACUGCCAAGUCUCCCGGAAAUUGAGCAGGGGAGAGGAAGCGGAGGGCGACUGCCACUUGGCUUUUUACGGCACUAGCGGAGGGAGAUGGAGGCAUAGACGAGGAAGAGCAGACGGGUUUUCUUCCCGCCUUCUGUUUCCACGGGUGUAAUUCCUUAUUGGCUGAGGAGGAGCGCGCUUCGAUAAUGAGGCCUGGUUCGCCUGCCUUCCCUCCGAAAAAAGGGGAGCCUUUUGCCUGAGCUGAGUGGAGCCCAGCUGCUGCGAGCAAGAGGAGAAGCGGCCACACAGCGAUUUAGCCGCUUGGCUUCUCUUUUUGUGCACGAAAACGGGGUGCCCCUCACUGGCUCGCCCGCUUGCCUGCUGCUAAAGAGGCGCAGUCAGAUUUUGGCCCAUGUGGCUUUAUUGGGAGCCGCGAGGGCGAAUUCCCUGCUGAACCGCGGCGAGCCGUUGAACCGCUGAACCUGGAGGAGAAGCCGGCCAUGGAUGAUUUUUUAUCCAUUAGUUUGCUCUCUCUCGCUAUGCUGAUUGGCUGCUAUGUGGCCGGCAUCAUCCCUUUGGCCGUAAACUUUUCCGAGGAAAGAUUAAAACUGGUUACAGUUCUUGGUGCCGGGCUCCUUUGUGGAACUGCCUUGGCUGUCAUUGUGCCUGAAGGAGUACAUGCACUUUAUGAAGAUCUUUUGGAGGCAAAGCACCACCCAGUCAGUGUGAGUGAAAAGGCCAUUGAAUCUGAGAAAGCAGAUGUUCCAGAUGUGCAUGAGCAUAACCAUAGCCACGACCAUUCAAGAUUACAUGCUUACAUUGGUGUUUCUCUUGUUCUUGGCUUUGUCUUUAUGCUGCUGGUAGAUCAGAUUGGCAAUUCUCACGUCCACACUGCAGAUGAUCCAGAAGCAGGAAGGUCAGGCAAUUCCAAAAUUACUACUACACUAGGACUAGUUGUCCAUGCAGCAGCUGAUGGUGUUGCCUUGGGUGCAGCUGCUUCUACAUCUCAGACUAGUGUCCAGCUAAUAGUAUUUGUUGCAAUUAUGCUGCAUAAGGCACCUGCUGCUUUUGGGCUUGUCUCAUUUCUUAUGCAUGCUGGUCUUGAACGGAAUCGAAUCAGGAAGCACUUGCUGGUUUUUGCAUUAGCAGCACCUGUUUUGUCAAUGGUGACUUAUUUGGGAUUAAGCAAGAGCAGUAAAGAGGCACUUUCAGAAGUCAAUGCCACUGGAGUUGCCAUGUUGUUCUCUGCUGGGACUUUCUUAUAUGUUGCCACAGUUCAUGUUCUUCCCGAAGUGGGUGGAAUGGGACAUAGCCAUAAACCUGACUCUGCUGGAAGCAAGGGACUCAGUCGCUUGGAGGUGGCUGCAUUGGUUCUGGGUUGUUUGAUUCCUCUGAUUUUAUCUAUUGGACACCAACAUUAAAACUUGGAAGACCAGCAUUUUUCCCUUCAAUCUGAUAUAAGCAGCAGUCCGUUGCUUUUUUAUUGCUGUCUCUCUUACCCUGUUGACCACCCCAUGUAUGAUAAGGAGUUGGAGAGGAUCAUCGUUUUAACAAGAAAACUGUGGGAAAACUCAAUAGAAGAGAGAGAUAGUACUCUUUGAUGGCUAGUUAUAAAUCCUGCAUAAUUUCUUUUUUUCUGAAGAUAUUUUCAUUAUGACUUCCUACCUAUUCUCAGGGAAGCUGGAACUUGGAUAUUAUCUGGGAAGAUCCUUUCAAUUCAUCAUGAAAUCAUAAUCCAAGUAUUCCGUAUAUCAGCAUUCAGAGCUGAUCUCUUGACAUUAUGAUGCUACCUUCUAAUAUGCGGGAAGAUUGUUCACAUCUUCCAAAUGUCCAUGCAUUAAUAAUGGCAUGGGCUGAUUUAGAAGGAAUCAUCUGGUGGACAAAUAUUUGUGAGGAUGAAGUUGUAGGCAAAAUUUGUAUUAGAUAAAGAAGUUUGAUAGGAUUCUUGCAUUGACUUAUUAUGGAAGCACAUUUGUUCCUUGAUUCUAACAGGCUAUACAGUACAGAAGAGAGCCACAUUCAGCAAGAGGUUAGAUUGUUCUGAGCUCUAAGGAAUAGGUGUUUAUUCAAAUGAAUGCUAGUUUAUUUACAAAAAUGUUUCUUUUCAAGUGGAAUAAGGUAAGCCCUAUUCAUCAGGCAUCAACCUCAAAAGCUGAAACUUUAAUACUUUUACCAAAAAUCAUUCCAGGUUGUGAGCUUGUUUUGAAUUAAAUGUCUGAAAUCUGUUAAAACUGAGUAUCUGCACACCUCUAGAACACGAAUUCUACACAUCAUAGUGGUUCAAAAAGGUAUCUGUAAUUAUCCAGAAAAAGAAAACCCUGUCAAAGCCAUUGGUUUAAAAAAAAAUUAAAUGGUUAAAAUAUAUGUUGGUUACUAGUGCACAGUUUUAUAUAUGCUUUAAUUUUUGAAUCAUAUUGUCAAAAGUCUUUCACUAAUAGUUAAAAUUUUAUUUAUAAACAAGAUAGUGUUUGAAUGAAAUAUUUUUUUACUGGACUGAUUAUUCCAUGAGAUAAAUCUGAUCCUUUCUUCAGUAACAUUUUACAGUCCAGUAAUUAAUGAAACUUGUUUUCCAUGCCUGCCUUGCUCACAUCUUAUAUUUCCUAGACAGUGGAUGUUAAGGUUGUUCAGAACGGUUAUGUUUUAAUUGGCAGUUCCUACUUAUUGAAUGAAUAUUGGUUGAGCAUCAGUAGGCAAUAUCAGUUUUUCAUUAAAAAAAAUCUUGCCUUUUAUGGGAGGGCAUAAUGUUAGAACCAGAAAGGAAUUAACAUUAAAUAAUAUAAACAUGACUUAUUUCUAAAGGGUUUUUUUUAAAGCUAAUACUCAACAGACCUAUUGACUGCUAUUCUUUCCAGUAUAUGUUUAUCAGCUGCAUACAUUUAUAUCAAUCUUAAAUCAAUCAUCUGUGCUACUGUGGAUCGAGCAUCAUAAAAUGGUGCAUCACAAAUGGAUCUGCCAGUUGUACUUGAUCUGCAAGAAAGCAUUUCAAAGAUUACAGUUUUAGAGUUCUCUUCUAUGCUAGAAGAGAAAAUAGAAACAUAUUUGUCAAAACAUGGGACAAAAAUCCCAGUUGUACUAUUUGAUAUAUAAAUUGAGCUGGUUAAUGUGCCUGUCACAUUUGUAUACUUAAUGAUUGAAAAUAAAGUCAUAAAAUGCCAAAUUACCAUUGCUGGGAAAAUGACAAGAAUGUCUAUUCUUCCAACUAGCAAGUUGGGAAAUAAUGGCAAAAUGACAAGUCACCAGACUUGAUUAAAAUGUCAUUAAUAUAGAAAUAUUUGAAAGAAGAAUUAGGAUUCAGGGAGAUAUAUUGAGUUUAAAUCACACAUUUUAAAAAAAUUAUUUGAAUGUUGUAUGUAAUUGAGAGAGAAGGCCAGACUUUUAAGUGCUUACUGUUAUUUGCAAAACUUAGUUGGAAGCUACCUAAACUAAAUCAAAUUUGUGAAAGCAAGUCUGUUAAUUCUUUUUUUCCUAUUUCACUAACUUGGGCUUGGUAUCUAGAACUAAAUUAUUAUUUGUAAGGCAAUGAAUAAGCUUAAUGUGUGAUGAUUAUUACACAAUAAACAUCAUAAGGCAGUAUAGGAAAUGCUUAUGGGGCUGAUUUGCUCCUGUAUGGGAACAAAGGUGGCUGGAAUACUUUGCCAGUAUUUAAUUGCUAACUGCUUUUGUAGCAGUGAGCUAUGAGAAGGGAAUUUCUAGAUAAUAAAAGAAAUCCUGUAGCAGAAUUCCAGAAAAUUGAUCUCUUAUAAUACUGAGAAGCUCAGUUUUGAGAAAUUUGGAUUUGAGCAUAUGGAUUUUGACUUUAGCCAGAUUUUAAAAAUCAAUGCAAAAUCAUUGUUUUUUUGUAGUCUAAUUCUACUCUUCUUGACUCUUAUUAAUAAUCACAUCCAGUUUGUAUUCUGAACUUCCCAAUAAACCUGAAAGCCAUGUAUUGCUAAAAUAGAGAUGCAUCAUUAAUACAUUCUCACAAAUUCCAACACUUUCACAAGUCACAUCAGCUGUAGACUGAGUUGAAAGUGGAAAUGUCUGUAUGCAACAUUACAUUCAGUCACCUAAUUACCAUUAUUCAUAAAACAAUCUUGCCUAUGCUGGAGAAACUUAAGUUUGCAAUAUUUGACAGAUAUGUCAAAGAAAUGCAGUAUCUUCAACUGAAAGGAAAUAUCUUGGAAUUUCUGAAAUUCCAAGUGGAAAAUCAAAAGUGAUUUUCCUGUAUCCUAGGUGAAAAUAAUUUUUAAUAUCCAGCUGUACCAGAAUGGGAAAACUUGAACAAUAAAUUGUGCUGCUGUGUUGUUUAUGAUGAACCAUAGGUAACUUGGAAAAUGGGAAGCCCUUGCAGUAGCAUUUGAAGGAGAUUAUUCAUUUCAAAAAGAUACGAACUUUUACAUGUUUCUGUUAUGUCCCUAUCCAGCUAUGAUUUCAUGGGUAGUGUUCCCUGGUCAUAGCUGUAUACCUGAUUACGUGUACUAAAGUGUAAUUUUAAUGUCUUUUCUAAAUCAUUUGUACACAUGAGAUCAUUCCAUGGAUGGCUGCCUUAUUUUUAAUUUUUUCACUUUAAUUGUGAACUGUUUAAAUAUGUUUUUAUUACAUUAAAAAUUAUUUGCUGCAUUGUUGAAA